GAGCCGCGUAAAAUAGACGAUAAAAGCGUUUUCUCGUGUUGUCGGAGCUGCGAAGUGCGAGCUGCGUGCGUAGGUACCUACUAGGUAGUAGGUACGUAUUUGUUUUUAUGGUCGAAACGCGCCGCGUGUUUUUGUGCGAGGUGAAUUUUAUUUCGCGAACUAUCGUCUAUCAGUUUGAAAUAGCUUGUGUAAAUGUGUAACGCGUACGCGUAUCAAGUUAUCAUGUUGGGAAAAUUUUAUAGGUCUUUCUAGGUGUACUUACCUACGUACUACCUACCUAAACUCACGAGUACACCUCUGUGUACUUAAACAAAUGUAUAGAUGAUAUCGUCUGGUACUUAUAAUACAUACUUAGACGACGAGUCGAUUGCGCGUGUAAUGUAGAUCGCAGGAAAUUGCGCAUAAAAACUGAUAAAAGCUCGUCGCCGUCGCCGCCACACGCCGCGCCGUGCCCAGCCUGUCUUGUCAAUAUAAUAAUAUGAAGCAACUGUUGGCAAAGAGUCUCGCUCGUCCGAGGUGAACUGGAUUUAAAUCACACGCGUUGGGAAAGAAAAUUGAACAUGAAUAACGAGGAAAUAGUUCAACACACAUUACAAGGUGAUUUGGAAACGUCGAAAUGGGCGAUACCGAGAGUAGUGAAGAUAUUUGUUUCAGCGACACGUGCAGAUUUUAUGGAAGAACGAAAAUGCCUUUUAGAAAAUAUCGGCCCGGAUUUACAAACCAUGUACGAUUCUACUGGAUUGGAGGUGGAAAUUGUAGAUAUGCAUUACGGUUCAACGUGUGAUCCUUUAAAAGAUUCCGUUCAGUUUGCAGAUCAUUUACAAGAAAUUAGCUUAUAUCAACAAGUAUCCAGAGGAUGUUAUUUUUUGUGUUUAAUAGGAAAUGACUGGCAACCAGCACCACUCCCAUUGGAAAUGGACAACGAAUUAUACGAUAACGUUAAAAAUGUAAUGUUCGAAUUGAACCUCGAUGUACAUUUAUUAGAAAAUAGUUACGUGAACAGUGAUAAUAGCAGUAAUUACGUACUCAAUCAAACCUUCGCUAUUGAAGCCGAUAUUAUUGAAAAAACAACCAAAGCAAUUCGUGAAGCGGCUGCGGUGCUAUCGAAUCGAGGAUAUCCUGUGAAUUCGCAACUUUUACAUUCCGCCGUCGAGCAUCAAAUUCAACAUGCAUUAGAUUUAGAUCCAGAUCAUGUUAUAGCAGUUAUGAGAGAAUUUACCGAGGAUCCAGAUAAAACCAACUAUACCGAAGAUAGAUUUUUAUCAUUUAAAAAUUAUUUGAAGUCUAAAAUUCCCAGUGAUAGUUUAAUACAUUUAUGUGUUAGAUGGAGGACGAACGGAAUAAAUCCGGCAUGCGCCGAGCACGAUACAUAUCUGACUAUUUUUCAAGAAGCUGUUAUGUCUGUAUUACAAACUCGUAUCAACGAAAGUAUAGAGCAAAAACCCGAAGUUAAUGCUAGAAAUAAGGCCAUACAAGAAGUGUUCAAAGAAUGUUUAUUUCAUUUAGCUUUUUAUAACCAACGGCUGACUGUUGAAGAAUCAUCGGUUAAUUGGGCAGAUAGUCCUUUAUUAAAUAUGAUCAAAACGAUGAUAUUGAGCGCUACAUCGAAACACGGUCCUAUUAUUAUUCAAGGUGAUCACGGCGCUGGAAAAACGUCUCUAUUGUUGACCAUAUACAAAAGCUGUGAAGUAUGGUUUAAGGAUACUAAACCGAUACGUAUCAUUCGAUUUUGCGGUAUAACGCCUCGAUCUUCGUAUAAUUUAGAAUUACUGAGGAUUAUUUGCGAACAGCUUAACUUAUUGUUGCAACCGGACGGAUUAUGUGUUCCGCGUGAUGCUUCGUUUGAUCCGUUGUAUGUUUACAAUUGGUUUCAAACUUUACUCAAAAGAUACGAGUACGAGGCGACUGAAAGUCAACGCAAUACGUUGUUGUUAAUUCUAAUCGACGAUUUACACCAACUUAAUCCUUUGGAUUCGGAUAUCGUAGCUGCAUUAUCAUGGCUACCUACUACGUUACCUCUGAAUAUUCAUAUUAUUUGCACCACGUUAUAUUCUCCUGAGACUUUGAAAAUGACACCUCUUCAAAGAGAACGUUUUAGGACGUCGGAUUUAUACAUCGAACUGCCUCCCGUUGAUACAGAAAAAUUAGAGAACAUAAUUACUAACGAACUGGAACGUUUGGAGGAGCAAUUCGGUGAAGAAGCGGUAGUUAGAUUCGCCUCAUUUGUAACAAUAUCAGAAUUCGGUUUAUCAGAAACGGAAAUGCUUGAAUUACUUAUGCCUACGACUGGCGGUAUCGAUUGCGUAUUACGUCUAGAAGACGGCCUUUUCAAUUUUGCUACCUACUCGGUGGUGAAACGUGCAUUUUCUUCCUUAUUGAUGGAAAAAUUCAUGAGUGGUAGACUGCUAUUAUGUUGGAGACACAAACUCACCUACAAUGUAAUGAGAAAGCGUUAUUUGAGAUCUCAAGAAAUGCAAAGAACUCUUCACAGCGAAAUCGUGAACUUAUUUUUCAGCGAAUUCAGCAGUAACGAUUCAGAUGAAGAAAAUGGCGAGAGUAAAAGUCCAGAACCUGAUCAAGAAACGGAAAAACAAACUCCGUUUCAGUCAUGUCUUCCAACUAAUGACGUCACUUAUAGUUUAAGACACGUCGAAGAAUCCUGGAUCCAUCUUUUGAAAGCUGGUGACAACAUUAGAAUGAAAGAAUUAACACUGUGUAAUUUUGAUUUUCUACUGGCAUCCGUUCGAACUAUAUCCGUAAGCUACUUACGAUCGAUUUUAGAGCACGCUAGAUUUUACUUAUUAGACCGAGAUGUCGAAUUGAUAUAUUAUACAGUACGUAAAGCCAGCGACGCACUUACCCGAGACACGUUACAACUCGGAGCGCAAAUUAUUUGCUGGCUAAGACCUGUUUCAGAUAGCAGCGAUUUGAUUAAUCGUAUAUUGUUGUCGGCUAUGGCUUGGUGUGACGGCUACACCGAUCCUUUACUUGUACCGUUGACUGCCUGGUUACAACCACCUCUUCCUUUGUAUGUGAAAUGUGUGAACUGCGGGGUCCAAGUUCAUAAAAUUUUACCAACUCCCUCUGCUCAACAUGUUGUUGUUUUACCAGUAGCUGGGGAUCCUCAAUUGUGGCAUGCUAUGUCCAACACAUUGGUUCAUACGUUUAAAGGCCACAGUGGCGCUGUGCUAUGUUUAACCAUAACUGAUGACUCGCAACUUUUACUGACCGGUUCAGAGGAUACCUCGGUGAUUAUAUGGAAUCUGAAGACUUUUGAAAUGAAAAUGAAAAUAACGGAACACAUCGCCUCUGUAUUAUGUGUUACGUGCGCCCUACAUAAUACUGUUGUUGUGACCGGUGGUGAAGACAGUCGAAUAAUAAUUACAUCUUUGACUAAUGGCGAAGUUUUAAAUAAAAUAGAUCAUCAUCGCGGACCAGUUACGCAAGUCUUAUUCACCCCAAUCGGCGACGUUUUAGUCUCGAGUUCAAUGGAUAAAUCGGUGUGCUUGUGGGAUUUAGAGACGUUUUCUCUGUUGAAUACUAUUAAUAUGGCAUCUUCGGUGGUUACUAUGAAAAUGUCGGCAGAUUCGAUUUUUUUAUCCAUUGCUUGCGAAGACAAUCAAAUCUAUUUACAUUCAGUGGCCACAGGAACAUUUAUACAUACGCUUAGAGGACAUAAAAGCAAAGUGACAUCUAUAUGCCUAGCGAAUGACAAUCAACGUGCCAUGGCCGGCGGUACAGAUUCGCGAGUUUACGUGUUCGAUAUGCGCAGUGGAAGUUUAUUGCGGACUAUAACAACCACACCACAUCAUGCUUUGGUAACCUGCGUCCAAGCUACAAAAAACGACGAUUUCCUCGUAACUGCUGGUGAAAGCCGAUUAGCUUAUUGGAACUUCAGAGAUGUAGGACUUAUCGAAUUUGAAAAAGAAGCAGUUCUCAAGCAAAGCUCCCAGAAUAAACGUCCUCAUUCGGUGCCCAUUUCCUGUAUCGAGAUUUCUAUCGAUGGAACUAUCGCAGUCACAGGAGCAAUGGACGGUUUGGUCAACGUAUGGCAAUUGAAUUCUCACGAAUUACAAUCAACUAUGGAAGGGCAUUCCGGCCCUAUCACAUGUAUAGCAAUUUCUCCGAAUGGUUUAUUCGUUGUUUCUGGUUCGGAAGACACAAGCGCUCGAGUUUGGGGGCUGACAAUCGGUGUAGUAGUGUGCUCGUACACUGCACAUCAAAGCUCCAUUACCGCUGUUAGAGUCCUAUCCGAUAGUCGAAGAGCCAUAUCCAUUGAUAAAUUAGGUACUUUGGCAAUAUGGGCAGCAGAUAACGGAACCAAAUUAUUUUCUGCCAGAGGUCCUACUCAUUUUCUGGCGGUUACGAAUAAUAUGAAGUAUAUUAUUUGUGGCGACGGUGAUCAUUGCUUGCAGAUUUGGCCUGUGAUGACGUACAGGGAAGAAGAAAGAUUCAAUGUAUCUCACAGUGAAGAAAUCACUUGUUUCGCGUUAACUUACGAUUCUUUACAUGUGAUUACUGGAUCGAAGGAUAUGUCUUUGAAAGUAUGGCAAGUCAACGGAGGUAAACUGGCUCAGGUUUUAGUCGGCCAUACCGAUCAAGUUACUUGUGUUUCGGUGGCGGUUACUAAAAAGUCGAUCGUUGUAUCUGGAUCAUGGGACACGAAUUUAAUUAUCUGGGAUAUCGAUACUGGUUCAGAUUUGCAUCUGUUGUCGGGCCAUUUAGGCCACGUUACGUGCGUUAAAUUAGCCGGAGACGGGUCUUUGGCAGUUUCAGGAUCUGAUGAUAAACGAGUAAUUGUAUGGGAUUGUGAACGUGGCGUGCCUCUAUCGACGAUCUUAUUGCAUGUACCAAUACUAGGAUUAGCCAUGUCGAGUGAUGUGAGUCGCGUUAUAGUGCACUUAUACGAAAGUCAACAUUUGCCAAUUAUUUGUUUACAUAAUACGCCCGCUACAUACGUUAAAGUUCCUGUAUAUGUUGCUCCGGCUAUUGAAGAUCUUCGACCAACUGCUCCGAAACGACCGAAUCGUCGAUUACUGAAGAAAGACGUGUCUUUGGAUUCGUACACGUGGCAGCGCAAAUACGCUCAUUUAACUACGUCAUUAAUGAUGGCAGCUGUCGACGAAAGACUUAAAAGACGAUUUUCAGUAUCUGCUAGUAUGGAAGAAAUAUCUACCAUUUCGUCGAGUAAAGAUCCUACGAUGGGAUCUCAGGGGUUGGGUCCGGAGCAAGCAGCAUUAGCUCAAUCUCAGCAUUUCGAUCAAUUGAAAGCUCUAUGGAAUAAAAAAUCGCCUCCUCGAACGAGACGACAUAUGCAUUCAUUAUCGAAACAAAAUUCCAGAUCUAGUCGGCAUUCCACUGACAACGAUGAUAUAUCGUCUAUGGCCGAAGAAGAUGCAGAACUUAGCGGAUAAACAUGCUGUACAAAAAUGUAAAGUAUUCUUCGCGUGUGAACGAAUAUGUGAUCUUGAAAUCAAUCAUUUCUCUUUACUAAUGUACCUACUCUUUAUUAUGUUUUUCUUACGAGUGAUUUUUUAGAAUGUAGUGAAAUGUGUGAUCAAUUUUAUUUUCUUCUUUCAAUUCUUUUUUCUCUUUUUUUUUUCAUCGUGUGAAACAUCGAUACAUUAUUUUACUUUCCUAUCCUUCUUCUUUACCGAUAUUUAUUUUAUAUUUGUAGUUCAUACGGCUAAUUUAUGUGAAAAAGUUUGAAAAAAUUAUAUAUGUAUUACCUACCUUACAGUGACGGAAAGUGAUGCAACGAGGAAUUCACUAGGUAUUCAAACACCUGGUGAAUUGUAACAAAAAUUAUGGAAGAAGGUGAAUAAAAUCCACUCAAAACAUUUUUAACGGUGAAAUUUGAGUAAGAAAAAAAUAUAAUUCCAAUCGAACGUGCCGCAUAUACAUCCGAUAUUUUCCGAUUAUUUGAUAACGUGGUAUUCGUAACGUCAAAAAAAAAGACUGCUGCUUGUUCCAAUAAAAAGCAAAAUUUCGGAAAACAUGAAUUUUGUAACUUUUCUCUAAAAAUGUUCGUGAAAACUUAUAUACCUAAUACCUAGUAUGUAUAGAUGUUCUUACAUCAAUAGUUUUGUAUUGUCCACUUAUUGCAUCACUGAAAGUUGAAUUGAAAUGACGAAUUACAUUUAAAAUGUAAUAACGAAUAAUCAAUUUCCUCUGUGUUUUAAAAAUUACCCAAUUUAUCAAGUUCCUGUUUUUAGUUGAAUAUGGUUUCGAAGACUUGAAGAAUUUUCUAUAGUUACCGCCAGCAAAUAUUUUACAAUAUUAAAAUACCUAUGAUUUCGGAGUUACCCUUAGAUCGAUCCAUUCGACAUGAAUUUAUCACUUGAUCUCUAUUUACUUUGUUUUCUGCAUUUAGUACGAAUCAAAUUACCUACGUAUUGUACAUGAUUUGUCUAUCAAUCGAAUCGUUUGUUUUUUGUUUUUAAUUAUCUAUUUCAUCAUGUGAUUUGCAAUUAUUACGAAAAGUAUAGUAAAAAUUUGAAAUAGUUGUGUUCCUAGAGAUUUUAACAGUUUUAAAAAUGUUUACCUCCCUGUCUCUUUGGUGGAUUACUUUUGAUAAUUUUUAUACUAAUGUGUUUUAAUGUACUUAACGAAGUAAAUUUAUUAGUGUUAGCAAAUUAAUUACAUACGUUCAUGUUGUCGAAUUGUUGUAAUAUUAAAAUAAAGAAAAAUUU